UUCUCGGGCUCAUUUGCCGCCGGUGUUUCCUGAAUCCCACCUAAAUUUCCCAAAUCCUUUCCAAUCCUGAUGAGAUCUCCGGCGAAUGGCGGUAAAAUCCUUGCCCCUCUCCUGCCGGAGCUCCAACGGCCAGCUGAAUCAGCUGAAAAUGAAGAUUCAGGCGGCGGCGCAUCGUUCUCAAGCGCGGUGUUCAAUAUCUCGACUAGCAUCGUCGGUGCCGGAAUCAUGUCGAUUCCUGCGACCCUGAGGGUCCUCGGCGUCAUCCCCGCUUUGGUCAUCAUCGCCGCGGUCGCCUUGCUCUCCGACGUAUCAGUGGAGUUCCUCACACGCUACACGGCCGCCGGAGAAUCGUCCGCGACUGGUUCCUACUCUGGUCUAAUGGCGAAGUCAUUUGGUUUUGUGGGAUCCGCUGUGCUUCAGAUAUUCAUCGCGCUCACCAAUUUGGGAUCUCUCAUCAUGUAUCUUAUCAUCAUUGGGGACGUGUUAUCUGGGAACAGAACGGAGGGAGUGGAUCACUUGGGCGUGUUGCAGGAGUGGUUUGGAGAGGAGUGGUGGACGACGAGAUCAGCAACGAUUCCGAUCACCGUCUUCGUUGUGAUGCUCCCUCUGGUGCUUCUUCGUCGCGUAGAUUCUAUGAGAUUCACUUCAGCAAUUUCGGUCCUGCUUGCGGUAGUUUUCGUGCUCAUCAGCUCUGGAAUGGCUAUCUAUGCCCUGUUUCAAGGCACCAUUAAAAGACCUAGACUACUUCCAGACUUGCACAAUCAAUCCUUCCUCGAACUCUUCACGGCCAUCCCCGUAAUUGUCGUAGCCUUCACCUUCCAAUUCAACGUGCACCCAAUCCGGUCGGAGCUCAGCCGCGUCUCCGACAUGAAACCAGCCGUCCGAGUCUCCCUCCUCCUGUGCACCGUCAUCUACGCCGUCGUCGGGCUCUCUGGGUACCUUCUCUUCGGCGACGAUACGAUGGACGAUGUGCUUUCCAACUUCGACAAGAGCUCAGGGAGCCCGAUUCUUGACGACGUGGUUCGGCUGAGCUAUGCGCUCCACUUGGUGCUGGUGUUUCCAUUACUCUUCUACUCACUUCGGCUGAACAUCGAUGGUCUUGUCUUCCCCAAGUCGCAGCAGCGGCCGCUCACGACUGAUGCCGGACGAUUUUUGCUUCUCACAGCAGUACUAUUGGGUUUGGUUUACUUUGCGGCAAUCGCAAUCCCAAAUGUGUGGACAGUGUUUCAGUUCAUGGGGUCGACUUCUGCGGUCGGCAUCUCGUUGAUUUUUCCGGGCGCCGUCGUAUUGAGGGACAUUUACAGUAUUUCUAAAAGGAACGAUAAAUUGUUGGCCGGAAUUAUGAUUUCACUGGCACUAACUACAAGCUGUAUUGCCAUCUCCUCUAACAUUCUUAGUUUGUUUGGCGGUGAAGUGAAGAGCAGCAGCACAAAUUAGCAAAAGGUUAGAACAUUAAAUUGUUUGGCAUGCAGAAUCUUCUCAAUCAUAGCAGCUUGCUAGUAAAAUUUCAUCAACUGCGUACAAUUUUUGUUAUUCUGAGAUGUUCAUACUCGGAAAUAAUGUACGUUAAGCUGGUUGUUUCACCUUGUUAUGAGUUGCAAUAUAAAGUUCUUUCAUAAACAGGUCGGGUGAUCGAUAUAAGUCAGGUUUGAGUUUGGCUAG